AUGCGGUCCCUAUGGGUCGCUCCAGCUCUGCUGGCUGUCGUCUCUGCUGCUGCCGAUACUGCUGCCGAUUCUGCGACUGAUGCUGCUACCAGCCUAACCACCACAGCCGCUGGUGGGACGGUUCUUACCAUCCAAGGCACCAGAGAUCCCAUGAGCAUCGAUGUCGCGACCGGAUCAGUCACCUAUGAAUCCGUCACAGCCACAACGACCGUGCCCACCACCGGGUCCAUAACCGCAAUUCCCACCGCAUCCAAGGGCAACGCUUCCGAGAGUUCUACUUCUUCAGACACAAAGACCGUGCUUGUCGGUAGCCAGAGCACAUCCAAUGCAACAGUAUCGGGUACAGCCACUUCGGCCAUCCCGUCGGCCACAAACACCCAGCCUUGCAACGGAUAUGUCGAGUUUUGCGAUCGCAGCUACUCCAACAUCACCUUUGUGACCGCUCAUAACAGUCCCUUUGACCGAAAGGGCAAUCUCGCUUCCAAUCAGCAGUACCCAGUAACAACCCAGCUGAAUGAUGGCAUUCGCAUGCUUCAAUUCCAAGCCCACUACCAAAACAACACCAUGUACCUUUGCCAUACUUCGUGCUCCUUGCUGAAUGUUGGAACCCUCGAAGCCUACUUGACUACCGUUGUCCAAUGGCUACAGCAAAAUCCGUACGAAGUGAUUUCUAUCGUGAUGGGCAAUUUCGACCUGGUUCCAGUCGGCAAUUUCACCGACCCUAUUAUCAACUCAGGCUUGUCCAAAUACGUCUACUUGCCACCCAAAGUCCCGAUGGGCUUGGAUGAUUGGCCAACACUGUCCAAUUUGAUCCUGACUGGCAAACGAGCCAUCGUCUUCAUGGACUACCAGGCCAACCAGACUGCCGUCCCCUAUAUCCUAGACGAGUUCAGUCAAUUGUGGGAGACGACGUUUUCGCCAACGGACCGUAACUUUCCCUGCACCGUCCAGAGACCGCCAAAUCUAGAUUCGGCGGAUGCCAAAAAUCGUUUAUACAUGGCCAAUCACAACCUCAACCUGGAAGUUUCUUUUGCCGGCGCAGAUUUGCUCGUGCCCAACACAGCCGUGAUAAAUGAGACCAACGCUGUCUCCGGUUUUGAUGACUGGAACCGGCCUCCAAACUUUCUUCUAGUUGACUACUACAACGAAGGCAGCACCAAUGGCUCCGUUUUCGAGGUCGCUGCGCAGAUGAACAACGUCACCUAUAACGGCCAUUGCUGUGGAAGCGACACUUCGGCGGCGUCCGUGUCAAGCCCUCUUGACAAAAUGACUGUUGUGUUGAUGGCGAUUACAGUCAGUAUUAUUCUGACUUUGAUGUGA